AUGAUUAUGCGCCAUCAGUGUCGACGCGUUCGGUCAUUAUGCUCACAUUCGGCAUACAUCACGUCAAGGCCGAUAACGAGCCUCUCACGACCUCCAAGCAUACUGCCCACUAACGUCCUGAUUGAAGAGGAGCGAGUGCCAGGUUAUCGACCUGAGUUCUACUACCCUGCACAUCCGGGCGAAGUCCUUGAUGACCGAUAUAAAAUCCUAACGAAGAUCGGAUGGGGCACAGCUUCUACUGUAUGGCUUGCAAGGGAUCUAGAGCGGUCACGGGUGCCGGACCGAUAUGUGACUCUGAAGAUUGCUACCUCCAACCCUGACUAUGAUGACAUGGUUUUGCAUGAGCUCGAUAUCAACAAACGUCUCGCUAAAGACACUUCUAUCGCUGGCUUUGCAUUUGUAAGGGCUGCAAUUGAUGAUUUCAUAGCAACCAGCCCCACUGGAGCUACUCAUCUAUGUCUGGUUUUCGAGGCUAUGCGGGAGCCGUUAAGUCAGCUUCAACACCGUCUUGUUGGUGAUGCUAUUCCGCCUCAGCUCCUUAAGGUGCAUGUCGACUUUAUAUUGCAGGGGUUGGACUAUCUCCAUUCCGAAUGCCAGGUCAUCCAUACAGAUCUCAAGGCAGAUAAUAUACUGAUGUCUUUCGAGGAUCCGAGCGUGCUUGGAGAGUACGUGGAGGCUCAAGGUGACCAUCCAAUGCCUCGAAAAAGAGUCGGCGAUCAGACCAUAUAUCUCUCACACAACAACUUUGGCACCCUGAAGUCAUACUUGAUGCUGCCGAAGAUUGUCGAUUUUGGUCUGGCACACCGAGGCGAUGGAGAGAAGCCCCUCCGUCAUCCAAUACAACCUCCUCUCUACCAUGCUCCAGAGGUCCUGCUUGGAGUUCCAUGGACAUACAGCGUCGACAUCUGGAACUUGGGUGUCCUUCUUUUCGAAUUAUUAGAAGACAAGGAGCUAUUCGCCCACCUCAAGUCACAAAAUGGUGUCUACACCGCUCGGGCACAUAUCGCCGAGAUGAUUGCAAUUUUCGGACCACCGCCGCAGAAGCUCAUUGAUCGAGAAAAACUUUGGCGUGACAUCCCCUGGGAACGCUCGUUUCCCGGUCCAAACGGUGCUUGGUGUGAUACCGCCCGCUCCUUCAAACAUCCUGAAAUCAUUCCCACCAAUGUCAAACUUGACGACUGCAUCACAUGCAUGGUCGGAGAAGAAAAAGCGCUUUUCCUCAAGUUCGUGAGGAGGAUGCUUCAAUGGGUGCCAGAGGAUAGGAGCACGGCAAAGGAGCUUCGCGAUGACCCCUGGCUGCAGUCAGGACUUGCGUAG